AUGCCCUUCACCAAGGUUCAAGGGGAAUAUUGGUGUUUUGGUGCUAUUUCUUCAAAAUUUUCUAUAGUAGCUUCCCUAAAAUGGGUCAGAUUUUUCCCAAAAUCGGAAGAUUGGGUUGGCUUUAUUUGGACUGACAAAUGGUCAUUUCAAAAUCCUAAAACCUUAGCAAAACAGGUGGAAACAAACCAAAAGAAACCAAACGAUCCAUAUAAGCUUAGAACAACUCAUAGGGUGUCAGAUCAUGUUCGUGCUAUUUGCCUUCUCAAGAUUCUAACUGUUUGGAUAUCUGUUUCCAUUGAUCAAGUACUCGGUAACCAUCAGCAAAUUAUAAAACAGUUGUUUCCCCAUCCAUUUAUAUGUUAA